AUGAGUGAGGAGCGGCACCUUCCUGGCAGCGCAGUGGGCUGGCUGGCAUGCGGCGGCCUCUCCCUACUGGCCAAUGCCUGGGGCAUCCUCAGUGUUGGGGCCAAGCAGAAGAAGUGGAAGCCGUUGGAGUUUCUGCUCUGCACCCUGGCGGCCACCCACAUGCUCAACGUGGCCGUCCCCAUCACUACCUAUGCUGUGGUGCAGCUGCGGCAGCAGCACCCUGACUUUGAGUGGAACGAGGGCCUCUGCAAGGUCUUCGUCUCCACCUUCUACACCCUCACCCUGGCCACCUGCUUCUCCGUCACCUCCCUCUCCUAUCACCGCAUGUGGAUGGUCCGCUGGCCUGUCAACUACCGGCUGAGCAACGCCAAGAAGCAGGCAGUGCACACAGUCAUGGGCAUCUGGAUGGUAUCCUUCAUUCUGUCGGCCCUGCCUGCCGUCGGCUGGCACGACACGAGUGAGCGCUUCUACGCCCACGGCUGCCGCUUCAUCGUGGCUGAGAUUGGUCUGGGCUUCGGCGUCUGCUUCCUGCUGCUGGUGGGCGGCAGUGUGGCCAUGGGAGUAGUCUGCACCACCAUCACCAUCUUCCAGACACUGGCUCUGCAGGUGGGGCACCGGGCCAACCAUCGCACCUUCACCAUUCCCACCAUUGUGGUAGAGGAUGCCCAAGGCAAGCGCCGCUCUUCCAUCGAUGGCUCCGAGCCCACCAAGACCUCACUGCAGAUCACGGGCCUCGUGGCCACCAUUGUCGUCAUCUACGACUGCCUCAUGGGCUUCCCUGUGCUGGUGGUGAGUUUCAGCAGCCUGCGGGCGGAUGCCGCAGCACCCUGGAUGGUUCUGUGCGUACUGUGGUGCUCAGUGACCCAGGCCCUGCUUCUACCCAUCUUCCUCUGGGCCUGUGACCGCUACCGCGCUGACAUCAAGGCCGUCUGGGAGAAGUGCAUGGCCCUCAUGGCAAAUGAUGAGGACUUGGAUGACGAGUCUAGCCUGGAAGGUGGCGUUCCCCAGGACCUGGUGUUGGAACGCUCCCUGGAUUAUGGCUAUGGGACGGACUUUGUGGCCCUGGACCGGAUGGCCAAGUAUGAACUCUCUACGUUGGAGGGGGGUCUGCCCCAGCUCUACCCACUGCAACCCCUGCAAGAGGAUAAGAUGCAGUACCUGCAGGUCCCUCCCACGCGGCGCUUCUCCCACGACGACGUGGACGUGUGGACCUCUGUGCCGCUGCCCGCCCUCCUGCCCCGCUGGGGCUCCAGCGAGGAACUGGCCGCCCUAGCUCAGCUAAUGCUGCCUGUGCGCCGCUGCGGCAGCCUGCUGGCCUUAGCUGAAGAUGCGCCCUCAUUCCGCCCGCGCCACCGCUCGGCCGAGAGCCUCCUGUCGCUGCGGCCCCUGAAUAACGGCCCACGUCGUGCCGCCGACUCUCCACCCGGCAGCCCGCGCCGUCGCCCGGGACCCAGCUCCCGCUCCGCUUCGGCCUCACUGCUGCCGGAUGCCUUUGCCCUGACCAACUUCGAGCGUGAGCCGCAGGCCCUCCGCCGCGCACCCGCGCCCCUAGGUCUGGGGCCACCCGCUGUCCCCCGGGCGCCCCCUGGAGGUGGAUUGCAGCCAAGCCACAGGCCGCGCCCACCCGCGCCCCUUGGACCCUUACACUCUGGCCUGAGUACCUCUUGGGGGGAGCCAGGAGGCCUGCGGGUGGUGGGCGGCGGCGGCAGCACCAGCAGUUUCCUGAGCUCGCCCUCGGAGUCCUCAGGCUAUGUCACGCUGCACUCGGACUCGCUGGGUUCAGCGUCUUAA